CCUCUCUUCCCCUCCCCUCCCGCUUCAUCCUCUCUUCGGACUAUGUAGUUCGCCGUUUGCUUGCGAGCUCCCGGUCGCUUUCCUCAUUUUGGCUCUAUCUCUCCUCAACGGGUCGCAAUUGUCCUCCCCUUCUCAUUCUCUUCUCUCUCCCGCUUCUCCAUCCAUUCUCCCUCCACCUAUCCCGUCCGAUACCUCCUCCACCGUGCGACAGCUCGCCUACGGGCUUGUCUGUCCUCGAUCUCUGAUCCUCCCUUCCUCCCCCGCCAAUUCUGCUUCUUACCAUGACACCUCGUCGCUCUUCUCGUGCCCGCACUUCUCAACCCUCACCAGCGAUCCUGCCGCAUACAAAUUCAUCCAGUUCCUCAUCCUCAAUGACUCGCGAACGAAGCACCCGAUCCAACCACAAAAUCCCCUCCCCUCACGGCUCCUCCGGCCACCGCUCCCAGUCAGCCGAAGAGGUUGACGCGGGUUCGAAAAUGGAUUACCCACAGACGCGGCAGCGCCAGCGCGCCCGCGGUGACGACGACCCCUCUCUAGGAGAAGGGGAAGAAGAAGAUGGCGAAGAGGAUGAGGAGGAAGAGGAAGUUACAAGAUGUCUCUGUGGACAGCAGGAAUACCCUGGUCUACCCCCCUCCCGUCGGGAAGCUCUCGGUCGCAGUGGCAUGCGGCCCCGGGUCAAGGAGGAUGCGUCCUUGAACCCGCCUCCCGACUCAUCCGAACUGAUGUCGGAUGAUAUGGGGAGUAUGUUCAUCCAAUGUGAUUCCUGCAAAGUUUGGCAGCACGGCGGCUGUGUGGGAAUCAUGGAUGAGGCGAUGAGUCCGGACGAGUAUUACUGUGAGGAGUGCCGCAAGGAGCUCCACAGGAUUAAAAGCGAAGUCAAUGGCUCACGCUCUUCUACCUACCUUCCUGUCGUCGCCCCCUCUUCCACAGCGGUUUCCUCCCGCGAGUCCUCCCAUGAUCCCUCCAAACGAUCCAAAGAUUCCAAAUCACGCAAUAAUGACAUGCACAAUCCCAAACGUCGCUCCACCAUGAACAGCCGCGAUGCUGCCUAUGACGAGGAGGAGUUGAUCCGCCGUGCGAUCGAAGAGAGCAAAGAAGAUAACCAGCUGGACACCGAUGAGGCAUCUGUCCGGCGGGGUAAAAGAAGUCGCAGUGACAGCGAAGCUCAUAAGCAGGUGGCCAAGAAGCAACGCACGAGUUCGCCGUCGCCCGGGAUUCCCGAACCGAGCAAACCCGUCUCGCAGCCGGUGUCCGAAGACGAUAAGGAGAAGGAAGUCACCAACGGGACCCGACGACAGCGAGCGACGUCCCGAGGCCAACGCGACAAAGAAACCAAAGAGCCGGAAGAGCCGGAAGAAGAGUCGCCUGAAAACAACCGACGCAGGGGGAGAACCGAUCCUCAGAAAGAUGACGGUGAAGCCGAAUCGAACCACGAGGCGGCCUCUUCCCCAAAGCCGGUGGUGGCCCCCGAACCCGAACCGUUACCCCCCAGCCCUAAUGAGACCCCCGUCCCGCCCCCAGAAACAACGGCCGCACGCCCCUCCACACGGAAAUCCGGUCGCCCGCCGGCGCGUCGUGGCGGCCGCGUGGGCCGCAAUCAGUACACGCGGGAUCGCGACGUGAACGGCACCGAUUCGAACGGCACGCUGAAUUCGCCGCGGCGCGGACAGUCCUAUGAUAUCGGUGGGGAGUCGCCGAGAAUAGGCGGACCCAAUGGUCACGUCAACGGAGAGGUGGGCAAGCCAAGCCGACCCCGCUACGUGAACCAACGGACAACCAUGAACGAGAUGAAGAGACGCGUGGCCGGCAUUCUGGAGUUCAUCUCGCGGAUGCAAGUCGAGAUGGCCGUAGCCGGUCAAACCUCACCUCCGGGAGGCGACCAGCCGAACGGGAGUAUCCGGGCGAUGGCGGAGCAGAUCGACGCCAAGUUAUCAUCCCUCAGCGACGGCGAGUCCGCGACGACGACCACAGACGGCGAAGCGGGGCCGGUGUCAGCUGAGAAAGACUUCAAGGGUCUCAGCAGCGUGGAGAUGAUGGACGUGCUAACGCGACAUCUCUUGAAAUGGCAGCAAGAGUAUGGCAAAUUCGGGGAGCGGUGACUACUCCCCGAUUGCAACCUACAUACUGCGAAAUCAGCGAUACCCUGUUUGUCCUUUGUCUCUUCAGCAAGGAAUGUAUAAUACGGAGGAGCAUCAGACUGGUGUUGGCGUUGGUGCGCCAUAGGCGUAAUAUCAUCUUUCUCUUCUUUUUUCUUACCCCUUCUCCUUUUUGUCCUUUCCUUCUAUCUCUUUCUUUUAUCUUUGUGUGGUUUGUGAUCUUAUACGGGGUGGAAGGAUUUACGGUGUUUGACUAGGGGAUGGCGUUGAUUGUCGGAUAUAGUACCAUUU